AUGCGGCUCAGAAGGAGGAGGGACGUGGUGACCUCCGAGGAGAGGGCCUCAAGCUACCGUCUUAUCUUCCAGGGAGCAAGCUGGCAGCUACGGUCCAGGGGGCAAGUUGGCGGCUACGGUCCAGGGAGCAAGUUGGCGGCUACGGUCCAGGGAGCAAGUUGGCGGCUACGGUCCAGGGAGCAAGUUGGCGGCUACGGUCCAGGGAGCAAGCUGGCGGUUACGGUCCAGGGGGCAAGUUGGCGGCUACGGUCCAGGGAGCAAGUUGGCGGCUACGGUCCAGGGAGCAAGUUGGCGGCUACGGUCCAGGGGGCAAGUUGGCGGCUACGGUCCAGGGAGCAAGUUGGCGGCUACGGUCCAGGGGGCAAGUUGGCGGCUACGGUCCAGGGAGCAAGUUGGCGGCUACGGUCCAGGGGGCAAGCUGGCGGCUACGGUCCAGGGAGCAAGUUGGCGGCUACGGUCCAGGGAGCAAGUUGGCGGCUACGGUCCAGGGAGCAAGUUGGCGGCUACGGUCCAGGGAGCAAGUUGGCGGUUACGGUCCAGGGAGCAAGUUGGCGGCUACGGUCCAGGGGGCAAGUUGGCGGCUACGGUCCAGGGAGCAAGUUGGCGGCUACGGUCCAGGGAGCAAGUUGGCGGCUACGGUCCAGGGAGCAAGCUGGCGGCUACGGUCCAGGGGGCAAGUUGGCGGCUACGGUCCAGGGAGCAAGUUGGCGGCUACGGUCCAGGGAGCAAGCUGGCGGCUACGGUCCAGGGAGCAAGCUGCCGUCUACGGUCCAGGGAGCAAGUUGGCGGCUACGGUCCAGGGAGCAAGUUGGCGGCUACGGUCCAGGGAGCAAGCUGGCGGCUACGGUCCAGGGAGCAAGUUGGCGGCUACGGUCCAGGGAGCAAGUUGGCGGCUACGGUCCAGGGAGCAAGCUGGCGGCUACGGUCCAGGGAGCAAGCUACCGUCUACGGUCCAGGGAGCAAGUUGGCGGCUACGGUCCAGGGAGCAAGCUGCCGUCUACGGUCCAGGGAGCAAGUUGGCGGCUACGGUCCAGGGAGCAAGUUGGCGGCUACGGUCCAGGGAGCAAGCUGGCGGCUACGGUCCAGGGGGCAAGUUGGCGGCUACGGUCCAGGGAGCAAGCUGGCGGCUACGGUCCAGGGAGCAAGCUGGCGGCUACGGUCCAGGGAGCAAGUUGGCGGCUACGGUCCAGGGAGCAAGUUGGCGGCUACGGUCCAGGGAGCAAGCUACCGUCUACGGUCCAGGGGGCGGCGGUGCUGGCCAGUUUAUCACUGGGAAAAUAUAUACUUCUUAAGACGCCGUGA